UUAAAUCUGAUGAACUAUUGGCGAUCUCUCACACAAUGCAAUGCAGUUUCUCAUAAUUUGGCCCUUUGGUACAGAUUACAGAGUAGUGGAGACAAUUAUGCUGAAGCUCCCAGCUUUCAAUUCCAAUGAAUCACAACAACUUCUUCCUUACAAUCUCCAUUUCUCUCUCCUCCAAACCUCCAAAACGCAGCAUGAGGUCGCCCAACUCCACUCUCUCUCCAUCAAAACCAACGCCUUCCAUCACCCUUACAUUUCUUCUCGACUCUUGGCGUUGUACACUGACCCCAAAAUCAACAACCUCGACUACGCCCGAUCACUUUUCGACCGAAUUGAAGAACCCACUUUGUUUUCUUGGAACACCAUGAUCAAAUGCUAUGUUGAAAACCACCGUUCACACGAAGCACUUGUUCUCUUCAACGAAUUGCUUUCUGGGUCGGCGUUUAUGCCCGAUGAUUUCACGUUGCCUUGUGUAAUUAAGGGUUGUGCUCGAUUAGGUGCCGCUGAGGAAGGGAAACAGAUUCAUGGGUUGGUGUUGAAAAUUGGGUUUGGAUUGGACAUGUACGUGCAGAGUAGUUUGGUUAGCAUGUACUCUAAAUGUGGUGAAAUUGAUUUGGCUCAGAAGGUGUUUGAUAAAAUGGAGGAGAGAGAUUUAGUUUCUUGGAAUUCUUUGAUGGAUGGGUAUGCAAGAUGUGGGGGAAUUGAAAUUGCAUUGGAGUUGUUCGAUGAAAUGCCCGAAAGAGACGCUGUUUCGUGGACUGUAUUGGUUGAUGGGUUCUCGAAAAGUGGCAAGGUAGAUGAAGCAAGAAAGGUAUUUAAUCGAAUGCCAAGUAGGAAUUUGGUAUCUUGGAAUGCCAUGAUUAAUGGGUAUAUGAAAUCUGGGGAUUUUAAUUCAGCCCGUCGUUUGUUUGAUCAAAUGGAGUUCAGAAAUGUAAUUACAUGGAAUUCAAUGAUAGCAGGGUAUGAACUGAAUGGACAGUUUACAGAAGCUUUGAAGUUGUUUCAGAUGAUGUUGAAUAUCGGUCCUGUGCUUACUCAUGCUACCUUAGUGAGUGCUAUUUCUGCAAUUUCUGGUUUAGCACUUCUUAGUAAAGGAAGAUGGUUACAUUCUUACUUGGUUCAGAAUAGAUUUGAAUUAGAUGGUGUGCUAGGUACUUCACUCAUAGAGAUGUAUUCAAAGUGUGGGAGCAUUGAGAGUGCUUUAUCAGUUUUUCAAGCAAUACCCAAGAAGAAGUUAGGGCACUGGACUGCUAUAAUUGUAGGACUAGGAAUUCAUGGGAUGGCCAGCCAUGCUUUGGAACUAUUUCUCGAAAUGCGCAGAGCUAGGGUUAGACCUCAUGCUAUAACCUUCAUUGGAGUGUUAAAUGCUUGUAAUCAUGCAGGAUUGGUUGAUGAUGGUCAACGAUAUUUUGAUAUGAUGACAAAUGAAUAUGGAAUAGAACCCACAGUCAAACACUAUGGUUGCUUGGUUGACAUUCUAUGCCGAGCUGGGCAUCUUGAAGAGGCAAAGAAUGUAAUAGAAAUGAUGCCUAUGAAACAAAAUGAAGUAAUUUGGAUGUGUUUAUUGAGUGGUGCUAGGAACCAUAGAAACAUAGAAAUCGGUGAAUAUGCAGCUCUACGUGUCAUUGAGAUGGCUCCAGAGGCCAUUGGAUGUUAUGUUCUUUUGUCUAAUAUGUAUGCUGUGGCUGGUCAGUGGGACAAAGUUUCACAGGUAAGAGAAACGAUGAAGAAGAAAGGACUCAAGAAAGAUCCAGGAUACAGUGCAAUAGAACAUAAAGGUUUGCUUCAUGAGUUUGUCGUGGGCGAUAAGUCACAUCCCCAGAUUGAAAAGAUAUAUUCUAAAAUGAGUGAGAUGAGGGAAAGAUUGAAAUGGAUGGGACAUGUUCCUGACACGAGCCAAGUUUUGUUGUGUGUUGAAGGGGAGAAAGAUAAAGAAGCCGAAUUGGAAAACCACAGUGAGAGGUUGGCUAUUUCUUUUGGUCUCAUUAAUGUGGAACCUGGGAGUCCCAUACGCAUAAUGAAGAACCUUCGUGUUUGUAAUGACUGCCACUCAGUAACAAAGCUCCUCUCUAAAAUCUAUGACCGUGAAAUAAUUGUGAGGGACAAUAGCCGUUUUCAUCAUUUCAAGGAUGGCUUAUGUUCUUGCAUGGAUUAUUGGUGAUUGACUGGCUAACUGGCUGGAAUCAAUGCUUUCUUUGGCUUGUGGAUCUGUUACAAGAUACCUGUGCCAGCUUAAUGUUGAAGAGAAGUUGAAAAUUAUAGCAACAAUAAGAUCUGAACACUCAAAAGUGGCAAUAAAAGUCUCAGAUAGGCAGUUUCUGCAAGUAAUAUUACAUCAGGAUGGACCCAAUACACAUUCAAUUACCCCAAGAAGCUUUAAGUAAUGUUACAGCUCAAUCUUCAUACUUCAUUUUCCAGGUACGAAGUUAGUGGCAUAAGCCCAAGCAUUGUUGGCCACAGGAUCAGCGAGAUGGUCGAAGAGGUUCUCAAUUGGGCCCUUUCCAGUAACGAUGGCCUGGACGAAGAAUCCAAACAUUGAAAACAUUGCCAGCCGUCCAUUCUUGAUCUCCUUCACCUUCAACUCUGCAAAUGCUUCUGGAUCAUCAGCAAGUCCAAGUGGGUCAAAGGCUCCUCCGGGGUAGAUUUUGUCGAGUCCUUCGCCAAGUGGGCCUCCGCCAACCCGGUAGCCCUCAAUGAAGCCCAUGAGCACUACUUGGCAAGCCCAGAUUGCGAGGAUGCUCUGGGCAUGGAUCAGGUUUGGAUUGCCAAGGUAAUCAAGGCCGCCUUCGGAGAAAAUUUGGGCUCCAGCCUUGAACCAAACUGCCUCACCGAACUUGACACCAUUCUUGGAAAGGAUUUCGGGGAAGACACAGCCCAGUGCACCGAGCAUGGCCCAGC